ACGCGGGCGGCUCUGUGUAAGUGCGGCGGUGCUUUCCGGUCAGUCAUCGCGCAUUAACAUCGGUCGGCCAGCGUGCGUUUGUCGUGGACGCGGUGUCGCACGUCGUCUCUAGUGUGUGGUGCGAUCGGCGCAGCUUUCGCAGGUUGUCGAACGGGCGAGCGUGACGGUACGCGGCCGUGGUGUAAGCGAGUUGUAGGCGAGUUCCGCCCGGCCGGCAAAUGACGACGGACGCGUCCGUGAUCGACCUGAACGUCGGCGGCGUGUUCUACACGACGUCCGUGGCCACGCUGGUGCAGACGCAGCCGUCGAUGCUGGCCGACCGGUUCAACGGUCGGCUGGACCCGUUGCCCAAGGACAGCAAGGGCCGGUACUUCAUCGACCGCGACGGCGUGCUGUUCCGGUACGUGUUGGACUUCCUGCGCGACGGCAAGCUCACGUUGCCCGAGAGCUUCCGGGAGAAGGAACGGCUCCGGCUGGAGGCCGCUCACUUUGGGCUGGACGGACUGGCCGAGCGGCUCCGCGAACAGAAGCCCGGCUACAUCACCGUCGGCUACCGCGGCACGUUCGCGUUCGGCCGGGACGGCCUGUCCGACGUCAACUUCCGCAAGAUACCCAGGAUACUCAUAUGCGGACGGGUGGCACUGUGCCGGGACGUGUUCGGCGACUCGCUCAACGAGAGUCGGGAUCCGGAUCACGGGGACACGGACCGUUACACGGCGAGGUUUUUCCUAAAGCACACGUCCAUCGAACAGGCUUUCGACAUGCUCCAGGAACAGGGAUUCUACAUGGCCGGCAGCUGCGGUUCCGGGACGGCUGGUGGUACGUCUGCGGCAGAACUCAAACCCGGCGUGGACUCUGAGGAGAGCCGUUGGAACCAUUACAACGAGUUCGUGUUCGUCAGAGACUCCUGAACUGCCGCCACAACCUCGCCCGCUGUUCCAGACCAAACCGAUAUUUUGUAGAUACUAUUAUCAUCAUUAUCAUUAUUGUUCAUUUUUUCGCGGUAUUUUUUUUUUUCCAAGUGGUAAUUCUUUUGUCGUUGUUUCGUUGGUCAUCGUCAAAAUCAUCAUAACCAAUAUUGCCGUCGGUAAUCUUAUCAUUAUUACUUUUAUUGAUCCUAAUAUAUAAUAUAUUAACAUUAUAGAGUUCAGAGAUGUUAGUAAAAUAAUAAUAAAUAAAGGAUAACGGUUCGUAAACUCCAAGUCAAAUCUAUAUCCGAUUAUGGCGAUUUAUAAUUUUAAUAAUAUAAUAUAGAAAUAUAAUAUACGAUUAAUAUUUGAAGUUUUGGUCUCGUUUACUUUUAGUGUUAUCGUUGUCUAUUAUUAUUAAAAUAUCGUACGUAUCCAUUUUUUAAGUAUUUAAUAAGAAUAUUUCGUUAAUUACUAACGUUAUUUUAGAACCAACGAUUUUAGGUGAGAAAUAAAAAAAAAAGUAAGUAACCCCUUUUAAGCGCCGUUAUUAUCGGAUUUAUGAUCGUAUCUCUUAUUUUUUUUUUUAAUAAAUAAACAAACCUAGUCUUCGUUUUUAUUACUAUUAUUAUACACGUUACGUGACUAUACUGUGUUGUAAAUUUUAUUAUUUUUAAUUAUAUACAUCAAUAAAUAUAUAAUAUUAUACAUUUAUAUUUACAUAUUAUAAUAUAGAUGCUCUAAAAGCGAAAAAAAAU